UGCGAAUCUUUCCGCGUUUCACGCCUUAUUUCCGCCCUCCUUGCCAGCCUGAGAGACGAAACGUUCAACACAGCCAUUUCGUUCUAGCAAUAAUGCCUGUACCGCGUGACCACGCAGGUCGAGUCAAGCGUGUGCCGGCACUACCAGAAAAGAGCGUGUUUGACGACGUCCUAUAUCUCGGCACGGUCGAACGACGUCAUGCCCCACCGCAGAAUGGCGUGCCUGACGACGACGUCGUCUAUCUCGGUACUGUCAACCGAGGUCACGCCAUGGAAGAGGCGCUCGAGCGAGGACUUCGAGUAGCCGAGGCCCUUCACGCCCUUCACGCCCAUCUCACGGAGGCGCUAUAUCGACACCGCAUCCUCUCCAAAACCGUCGGCGAUCCAGCGCACCACACCGACAAACCAAGAUCCCUCCUCAAAUACUGGAUGGAUUGGUCAAACUGGAAGAACGUUCAAUAUGUCACUCGCUUUGGGGGCAUGACACGGCAGCAAGUCAAAGCUGAAGUCUACCGUAUCUUGGAAGCGGCGUCCAUGGAUACCGGCGUUGUAUGA